AUGAAGUCUCCUCUCAUCCUUCGCGAUCCGGACGUGACCCAAAAGCUUCUUGAAGCGAUGAUAGACACGCCCGGAGGCAAGCGCACAGUGUCGCGACUAGCGAGAACCUGUCGAGCAAUAUCAGAGCCUGCGCUAAAUGUGCUAUGGAGGGACUUGGACUCGCUCAUUCCGAUUAUCGGUUUGUUUCCUGCGACACUAUUGAAGAAGGUUCGGAAGCCUGGCCUCGGCUUGUCUAAAGAACCCGCCGAAGAAGAUUGGACGAAGAUCAUGAGAUAUGGAGAGCGAGUGCGGAGUGUGCUCUACAACGAAACCGCAAACAAUGUCUCACCUUCCAUUUUCCCAAUGUUGGCACAAAAUCGGCCCAGAGAGUACAUGCUGCCAAACUUAUUGCAUCUCACCUGGAAGGUAGAGACCCUAAGCGUACUAGACUACUGCGCCAUGUUCUUGAAUCCAACAAUCGAGAGCUUGCAAUUUGAGCUCGGUCCCACCCGCUUCCCUAACUUGAACAAAAUCCUUGGUGAUGCAUGCAGUCGGUUGAACCUGACUAGCUUUUCUAUCAUUUCCCCUGCAUCCCUCCCUGACACCUUCACUGUGAUGCUUUCGUCACAAAAAUCACUUCAGAAAGUGGCGCUCGUCGCUCCAGGUGCCCUGAGUUCUGGAGUAGGUCGGUGGAUCGCGUUCUUGCCGGAGUUGAAAAGUCUGCAGCUUGACCUCUCUGCCAGAACCUUAACGGCGGUAGAAGGCUUUUUUGAUGAGCUCCCUUCUCACUCAGGUGAUUCUACCCCCAACUCUGUAGCCACCACUGACAGCGGGGUAUUUUCCGGUGAAGAGUUAGAUUUUUCGGAAAUACGUUUGAAGUCGGCAAUGCGAGAUUCGAAAGCCGGAUUUUCCAGCUUGCGACAUAUACACCUAACUGGUGACGUUGCAAAUAUUGCAGUAUUCUUGAGACACUUUUCGAUCCCUUUGACGCAGCUAGACCUUGUCAUUGAAGACCCUCCAGACAAUGCAGAGUGGAUGGAACUUUCAUAUCUUAUAUCUGAGAGGUUCGGAUCUUCUCUCCACUCGUUGCGCAUCUCUGCGACUGCGACAUCAAAGUUCAAUGACCUAGUACGCUCAACAUCGAGAGGAGAGCCUACUGUCAGCCGACUUGCCUUUGACAAUCUUCAGCCCCUUCCUGCGCUCCGCCGUCUUGAUAUUGAUCUUCCAGAAUCUAUCAACUUCAUCGGGGAUGACAUCGAGGCUUUGGCGCACGCUUGCCCCAAUCUAGAAGAGCUGAAACUGUGUCCUCUCGCGCGGUUCCCUGUACAAUCAGGGCCCCCGAAAUUGACUCUAGAGCAGCUAGCACCGUUAGUGGAGCACUGUCGACGGCUUCACUCUCUCUCAGUCCCUGUGAAUGCGCGGAGAGCCGGCGCCUCUGUGUUAGAUUCUCAAUCAAAUUCGUCUGACACUAUCCGUCGUCUGCACGUAGGCCACUCAUGGAUCAAUGAUUCGCUACAUGUGUCCAUCCUGCUGAGUCAUCUAGCACCAUACUUGGACAACCUGAAAUGGUUUCAUGACAAAAAUCGGCCGGGCUUCAUUGAGUCGAACGCUCGAGGCUGGGAAAAAGUAGCCGAUACGCUGCCACACCUCCAAGGUAUUCGGCUCACCGAAAGAAAAGCUAUGAUAGGACCAUUGCCCAGCCUUAACAUUAUAACCACGCCUCCGCUUCCGCAGCCUGUACCAGUUGACACGGUAGAAAAGGGCGUCAUGGCCUCAGUCUCCCUGGUUCAUGAAGGCGUUCUAGCGAGGCCGCUCAUGACUAGUAGGAGACCGAGCAUGGUGGACGAGUCGGUGGAAGUGCACCCAGAACUUGCAUCUGUGUCCAUCGAUGCAACUCCUAGAACUACAGAAAUCGCGGUAGAAGCCGUCGUCGCAGUCUCAGACGAAUUCGUGGAAGCACUUCCUGAGACAGUCACUGCAUCAGUGGAUGCCAGGCCGCCGAGCGUUUCGAAGUCGGUUGAAGCUAUGAUAUUGAACCCUCUGGAAGGAAAAAAAUCCAUCUUCCAUUCAUCAUCUCAUCCUUUGCUUUUCCCUGUUUUCAGCUUGAUUUCCUUCACAUACCGAGUUCUUUUUGCAUACCCUAUUUCCAUUCCGAUUCGCAUGCUCCAUGUUAUUUUUGACAAUAUGCCUACAAUAAUUCGACGACCGCCUGCCUCAACGAACAGUGAUAUUUCCAUGGACAGUCUUCAAGUCCGUCAAUCAUAA